CCUCUCUCUCUUACCACCUUCUCCUUCUCUCUUUCUGUCAUAUACACGAAACCAUACGGAAGAUAUGGCUCAGCAAACAGUGCCCUGUCAGUACCGCACCGGGAAGACGCUCGGCUCGGGGACGUAUGCCAUCGUCAAAGAGGCCGUGCAUAUCAAGACCGGAGAAUACUUCGCAUGCAAGGUCAUCAACAAGAAGCUCAUGGAGGGUAGGGAGCAUAUGGUCAGGAACGAGAUUGCAGUCCUGAAGAAGGUGUCGAGAGGGAACAGGAACAUUGUUACGUUGCAUGACUACUUCGAGACUGCGCAUAACCUUUAUCUCGUCUUCGAUCUCUGUACAGGUGGCGAGCUGUUUGACAGGAUAUGCGCAAAGGGAUACUAUUAUGAACCGGAUGCGUCUGUGCUCAUUCACACACUCAUGACUGCUGUGGAAUACAUCCAUGGAUGCGGGAUUGUACAUCGAGAUCUCAAACCGGAGAACUUGUUGUUCCGUUCCCGUCUCGAAGGUGCGGACGUCAUGAUAGCAGACUUUGGCCUCUCCCGUAUAAUGGAUAGUGACCAACUGACGCAGCUCACGGAAGUGUGUGGUACACCCGGAUACAUGGCGCCGGAGAUUUUCCGCAAGCUCGGUCACUCCAAACCCGUCGACAUCUGGGCGAUGGGCGUGAUAGCCUAUUUUCUCCUUGGUGGGUACACUCCGUUCGACCGGGAUAGUCCACAGGAAGAAGCCGAAGCGAUCUGUGCGGGCGACUUCAAGUUUGAGCCUGCAGAGUACUGGGUCAACGUGUCCGACACCGCGAAGAACUUUAUCCGCACUUGCUUGACGAUCGACCAGAACAAGCGGCCUACGGCAAAGCAAUGCCUGCAGCACCCGUGGCUAGCUGACAAGAAGGCGCAUUUCGUGCCCGAUCCCUCGAGCGCACUUGGAACGCCUAUCGAUCUUCUGCCGCAGGUCAGGAAGAACUUCGAUGCCCGCAAGACUUUCCGCAAAGCGAUCAACUCAGUUCUCGCCAUAAAACGGAUGUCUCAUCUCCGCUCGUCGUCCGAAGAUUUGCGCGCAAAGGUCCGUGGAUAUAUGGACGAAGCUGAGAAAGAAGAGGUCGACCAUGUAUUCGCGAGGGUGGAAUCGUCGUCGGACGACGACUACCAUGGUUCACGCUCAAACAGCCACGGAAUGCAGAGCAAUGCCUCGAAUCAUUGAAUUUCGCUCUCAGAUCUCGGCACAGCGUUCUCACGGUUCUUGGUUUCUUGUCAUAUGCCCUGCGUCGCAUAAUCUUCGUCUGUCGGCAGUGUACUACUGCUGCUUUACCUGUCGUAAUCACCGUCAUCGCGAUGACCUUUGGAGCGGAGGGAUGCCUUUUUGUCAUCAUCAGUUAUGCUUGUCUCUGGGAGACAAAUUGGAGGAGAUUUGCCACCUUGCUCAAGUAACCGUUGUAACUAACUUGUGGUGUGACACCCACGUAGCUUGUCUUGAAUGAU